AUGUCUCACAUAGCCGUCGAGAGGAAUCGAAGAAGGCAGAUGAACGAACACCUCAAGGUCCUACGCUCCUUGACUCCGUGUUUCUACAUAAAACGAGGAGACCAAGCAUCGAUCAUAGGUGGGGUGAUUGAGUUCAUCAAGGAGUUGCAACAAGUUGCGCAAGCCCUAGAGGCGAAGAAGAGAAGGAAGAGCCUAAGCCCAAGCCCAAGUCCAAAGCAAUUUCAGAUUAGUCCUCGUCAACCUGAAAGCCCAUUGAUCGGGUUGAACGAUUCUAACUUCAAGGAACUCGGUGCAUGCUGCAACUCGCCAAUUGCUGACGUUGAGGCCAAAAUAUCUGGCUCAAAUGUCCUCCUAAGGACGAUAUCGAAACGUAUACCCGGUCAAAUUGUUAAGAUAAUCGGUGUUUUGGAAAAACUCUCGUUCGAGAUUCUCCACUUGAACAUCAGUAGCAUGGAGGAUACUGUUCUCUACUCCUUCGUCAUCAAGAUAGGGAUGGAGUGCCAAGUGAGCGUGGAAGAACUAACCCUUGAAGUUCAGCAAAGUUUCUGCUCUGAUUCUCUUAUUAAAGAAGAUGCGCAUGUUUAG